AUGGCUACCACAUCUAGUAUUAUUGAUAACUCUUCUUCCUUGAUCAAACUUAUUGAUACAAUCGAUUCUCUCCCUACAAGUCCACCGUCACUGUACAUCGAUCUCGGAGGCAUCAGCCCUUCUCGUGAAGGUAGCAUUUCUAUCCUUCAACUGUUCAACCAUCCAAAAAACCAUUUGUACCUCAUUGACAUCCAUGUUCUUGGCCGCGAAGCUUUCACAACAGCCGCAACAAAUGGCAAGUCGCUUAGAACUAUCUUAGAAUCCCCAGAUGUGCCCAAGGUCUUCUUUGAUGUCCGAAACGACUCGAAUGCGUUCUUUUUCCAUUUUGAUAUUCGCCUACAAGGUGUUGAGGACAUUCAGCUUAUGGAAAAUGCAUCCAGACCAGGCUUUUUGUCCAGAAAGAGAUUUGUUUCGGGCCUUGCAAGAUGCGUAGAGCACGAUGCACCAAUUUCCCUCUCUGAGAAAAGGCUCUGGAAGGAACAUAAGGAAAGAGGGGUACGACUGUUUAAUCCCGAUUGUGGUGGAUCUUAUGAAACAUCCAACGCUCGACCAUUGCCACAAGCUAUUUCGGAUUGUGGUGUCUAUGAUCUGACCUUUUUACCUCUCUUGCGAACGGUGUACUGGAGCAAACUUUCACCUGAGUGGAAGGCUUUGGUGGAUGUUGCCACGAAAGAACGCGUGCGAGCGUCCCAGACCUUGACAUACCAACGACAGACCAGGGAUAAAGUCCUGAGCCCAUGGCAGGUUCCCAUCAGCGAGAAGGGCCGCAACAGUUUCUUGGGAGGAAUCGAUUUAUUUGGUGCCUGGUAA